AUGGCCUGUAUCUUAGACGAAGGCGACUACGAAUUCCAAUACGAUGAAGAGCCCAUACCACCUGUCAGCGAGCGGCAACGCAUAGAGGAACGAGAAUGCAGCCACCUUCUUACCUUUUGCGCAGAUGUCGAUGACCCCGCACUUGACCUCGAGCAGCUCUUUCCAGAGGCAAAUGAUGGAGACAUGAGUUUAUCGACUGCAUCUUUCAUUAACAAGUAUGACUUCGUCUGGAUCUCGCCGAUUGGUGCUGGAGCCUACUCCACUGUCUUCAAAGUGCCUCUGAAAGCAGAUUUCGAGACUGGAGAUGGAUACGAGGGAUCUUUACCAAGGUACAUCGUCUGUCGCAGGCGGCAGUUCAUUGAGUCUGAUUCCAAGGAGCUCGAUGCUGAAAGGGCUCGGGUCUGGCGCGAGCUCUCUAUUGAAACCAUGAUCUUGAUGAACGAAGUGCUCCGUACCCAUGAGAACAUCGUCAAACUCUUAUCGCUCUAUACUCCAUACGGGAGCUGGGUGACAACGGAGCCCCCCGUCUUGAUUUACGAGUAUGCCGAGCUGGGCUGCCUGAGUGACUUUUUGAGUCGGGCUCGCCUAGCCAGGCGGAUGCCUGUUACUCAGGCUCUCUUUAAGUUAUGUACCAAUGUUGGUAGUGGAUUGGAGGCGUUGCAUUCCCAAAAGUUCGCUCAUCUUGACUUGAAACCAGAAUAUAUCCUGAUAACGCGUGCCGGGGAUAGAAAUGACAUAGUCGCCAAGAUUGCAGACUUUGGAUGCGCAAUCAGCAGCUCUGUCGCGUAUUAUGCUGGGGGAACACCAACCUGGAUGGCUCCGGAGCAGCUCCUUCUGUCUCCCGGCAUUGUUAACACAGUUAGAUUUCGUGAUGUAGCAAGGUGGGACGUGUACUCGUUUGGAAUGAUAGUAUGGUACAUCUUUGCCGCUGGCAAGACUAACAUGGCGCCUCGGGACCUGGAAUUUGUCACUGAAGCAAGGCUGAAGCAUGAUCCGAUGGAUCUGGCACUCGAGCGACUUCAGGAUUCUCUAGAGAACAUAAGCUGGAAUGAAGAGCGAGCGGCUGACGCGUCCCAACUUGCAAGGAACUGUGUUGGUCAUCUUGUGAGACACGACCCUUUACGGAGAGACUUGGGCCGAGCGCUCGAUUUCCUUGACAGGUAUAAGUCCCGGAAAAAAUUUCUUUGCAUAACAGAUCAAGAAAUUGUAUCGGCCACUGAUACCUCUAACACAUGCCAUCGCGGAGAUCUACUCAGUGCCUUUCAAGAGGGUUACUUCGAAAUUUAUAGACCUGAUAGCAGGAUAGCCAUGGAUAGAUUACUGGGCGAAGACUUCACACUGUUUCUUGAACGCUUAUCAAGGCGCAUAAAGGUUUUGAAGGCACUUCGCGUCUAUUCCAAGUUGUACAGGCAUCCGAGACGCUGGGCGCAAGCGUUAGAGAGAGCAAGGCCUCUGCUGCAAAAGUGGCGUCAAGAGGUCGCAAAUGCGCCUCUCUUCUUGUCCCAAAACAUUUACUGGCCAGAAGUACUGUUAGGUCAUGUGGCAUGCGUUGAGCUCGCUUUAGAGGCAUCUCGCCAGCGCGGAGAUACCAGUGUCUGGAUUGGAAAGGCACUUGAAAUUGAACAGCGCUAUAGGUUUCCGCCGCAUCUCAAAUUUCCUGCUCGCUUCCUCCCAAAACCGGCAUUCCCAGAAUCCGAUAACACAUGUCUUCCGGUCUUCAUAGCAGAAACAUGCACCCUGACGCAAGACCUGGAGUUGAGAUUCGACAGGGAAUGGUGUGGCGGCUUCUUUAUAGCCAAGAAGCCGCCAUCUUUCGAGAAACUCACUGCGUUCUACGAGCACGAUGUGGUGACCGUGCUUGGAGAUACUUUAGCACAUUAUUUUGCAGGGUCACCGAGUCUAUUGCAACUCCUGCGCCUUGCUGUCGAACAAGCCGGCUGCUUACCGACGCAACUAAACAAACUGGGUAUAUCACCCCUAUACACCGCAUUCAGCCGUGGGAAUUCGCCUGCUGCAUACUACCUCCUAGACAUGGUGGCGGAGUUGAACCUUUCCUCUGAGCUGUCGGAUUCACCAUUUUUGUCUCACUUGCUUCGACUUCCAGCUAAAUAUCAGUUACCAUUGCUGACAAAAGUAGUGAACUUGUGUGGUCUUGCUUUAAAGCAAAUAGUAGGCAUGACGGACUCGAUUACAGCCGUCAAUGUCCUUCAACAGUCCAUUCUUCUCAACAAAAGUUGGCUACCAGAACUUAUUCUUGACUUGAGCACCAGCAAGACACUCAGCAAGAUGGGCCUUAAAGACAUCCUGCAGCAAGCAAUGGAAUCCUGUGCCACAAUCCAUUCCGUAGACUAUCUUGUUCGCUUUGUAAAGCGUUGGGAAUUGGUGGUCGAUGAACCAGCAGACUACAAAGCCCUUAUUGAAUCUGCGCUGCUGGGAUGCCCCCUCUUGUGGAGCUCUAUUAAUGGACAUGAAUAUGUCCGUGAAAUGAAGUCAACGCUCGCUUUUCUUAGAAAGGAUUAA